CAUCACUCCUUCCAACCCGGCUUCCAUCCCAACUCUCCUCCUCCUCUCCCCCUCGUGGCGCCCACGAUGCUGCCAUGGCGCGCACCGCCGUCAGCAAUCGUGCAGCCACCCGGUGGACGGUGCGCAUCAUCCCCUUCGUCAUAGUCGCCGCGUUCGGCAUCGGCACCUACGCGGUCGCGGGCCGCCUGUGUGUGCAAUAUCUCUAUCGGACAGAGGGAAAGUCUGGGCUCGCAGUCGCCCUGCUCGUGCUCUACUUCUUGUUCUUCGUCCUGUCCGUCGCCACGUACCUGCGCACCUUCCUCGCCGUUCAGCUUAACCCGGGCCUGGUCCCCCUCCUGCACGAGGAGCGCGGCGACCUCGGCGAGAAGCGACGAGCUUCGACCUCGCGGCGCGGGAGAGACCCCGAAGCGAAUCCCUGGGUGCCGCCCGAUGCGAACCCAGACAGCCCCGGCCUCGAGGCCUUCUACAGCAAGGACGCCUUCGUCUGCGAGGUCGACGGCCGGCCGAAAUGGUGCUCCGACUGCAGGCAGUGGAAGCCGGACCGCGCGCACCACUCUAGCGAACUGGGCCGCUGCGUCCGCAAGAUGGAUCACCUAUGCCCGUGGGUUGGCGGCAUGGUGUCCGAGACCUCUUUCAAUUUCUUCGCCCAAUUCACAAUGUAUACCACUUGUUUCUGCUCCGUGUGUGUAGCAAUAGGGGCAUAUUGCUUGAAGCUACAGAACGACGAGGAACGCCCGACUGACGGGUGGGUAAUUGCCGUCAUCGUGCUGUCGGCGGUGUUCACCUUCUUCGCCUUUGCCAUGGCGCUGACAUCGCUCCGCUUCAUCUUUACAAACAUCACCAACAUCGACAUACUCAGGAAGAGGCAGCAGUUCUACCUCGCGGUGCGCGUGCCCUACGAUGUACUCAAGCGAAGGAGCUUCCCGACCAUUGUGUACCCUCUCCAGCCAUGGCCUCCGGAGCCGCCGCCGCCCGCCAGCGCCCCGCCACCACAUUUCGGCACCGCGGCCGGCCAGAGCCUCGCAGCCCGGGACGACCAGGCAAAGCGUAUGUUUGCUAUCCUGCGCACGGAACCUGGUCAGAACCCGUGGGACCUGGGCUACUGGGGGAACUGGAAAUCGGUCAUGGGCAACACGCCCAUCGAGUGGCUGCUUCCCAUCAGGCACUCGCCCUGCUGCAACCACGAUAGCAUGGCGAGCGACUAUCCGUUCGGCCCGCUGCUCGACGAUCUGAGGAAGAAGCAUGAUAUUCCGGACCUGAGUGGGGACGGGUCCGGUCGGCCUGAGAUGCAGCAGACGGGCCAGCGCGCGUAAUAAUCUUGUGUUGUACAUACUUGGAUCCUGGCGUUUGCAUGGGUUUGGCGAGGUCUUUGCAUUGCGCAGGACAAGAGGAGGGCGAAUUGACGAAUCGGUUAUAGACUAGGCAUCAUAGACGGACGGGCUCAGUCAGCGUUUACGUCUUCUUUGUAGUGUUAAUAUACGACGGCACAGUGCAGCAACUAGGACGGUGUAUGCCCACAUGAGGAUGAUGCGGGCGAGGGGCCGGUGUCUCUGGGCUUGGCUUCUUUGGACAGCUUGUCUCUGAGGGUGUAGAUUGGUUAUCCGUGAUGUUUGGACUGGUUGUCUCUGCUCUGAGUUCCCGGCAGGUUACACGUAUCGGUGUCCGAUAUGACACCCCCAGGGGCAUGACAUCGAUUCGGAAGCAACCACACAGGGCAGACGACUGCAUGCAU